CAUAUGUUAUCGUUGUCUAUUUGUGUACUUGUAUGUAUACACACUAUUCUACAUUAGAAAAAAAAAAGAGUGCAGUUAACCUCGGUCUCGCGGUACUUUUUACCUCAGGUUGAACAAGGGUGUAUCAUCUAGUUACCUAGUGGUUUUGUCUAUGACAAAAGUAUAUCACAUGAACAUUAGCUACCUAUAAACCGCACACUUAUUUUAACAAUAUAUAAAUCAUUUUGAAAUAAUUGACAGAACUGUAAAGUUAGACCGCUAGCUACUGUAAGUUAGCUAACGACAAACCAACGACGUUCACGAUGGCAGCUGGAAAGAUGUGUAGUAGGCCUAAAAAACAGGAGACAGCAGAGUGGACCAGCUUAUUUCAAAACGAACUGAAAACUGAAGAAAAGUCCCUGGUCUUUGUGAAGCGAAUGAUGGCUCUCGCCGUUUCUUCCAUCACAUAUCUCAGAGGAAUAUUCCCUGAGGAUGCCUACAGAUCUCGAUAUCUAGAAGAUUUAUGCAUCAAAGUUUUACGAGAAGACUGCACAACACCUGGUGUCUGCAAAAUUGUAAAGUGGCUGAUGGGGUGCUUCGACGCAUUAGAGAGAGGAUAUCUUCAAGUCGUGUUCAUUGGGGUCUGCACCAAUCCAGAUAAUCCCAACUGCAUCAUCGAGUCAUACCAGUUCAAGUUCACAUACACAGACAAAGGACCACAGAUGGACAUUCUGAGAAACCAGAAUGUGGAGAUGCAGAUCACGAUGGAGGAUACCAAGAAGGCCUCUGUCCUCUUGAUCAGGAAGCUGUUUCUUCUCAUGCAGAACUUGGACAUGCUCCCCAAUGAUGUCUACCUCACCAUGAAGCUAUACUACUUUGACGACAUCACCCCUGCUGACUAUGAGCCUCCAGGUUUCAAGGAGGGGGUAAAUGACAACCUGUGGUUCGAGGGCAUGGCGGUGCACUUCAGAGUGGGUGAGGUGCACACCCCUUUCCACGCCCUGAAGGUGAGGGUGGCGGCGGAGCAGGGCCGUGUGGAGAAGCUGCAAGAGGGGAACUACCUGAAGGAGAGUCAGGUCUCCACGGCUACGCAGAGCACUCUGCCAGGGCUGGCGCUAACCGGUGCACAGGAUCCUGACAAUGAGAGAUACAAGGAAGAUGACUUUCCCUCUGAAGAUGAGUCUGCACAGUUCAAGAACCCCAAGAAACCUGUGGCAAAGGUAAGUGAGUUUGUGAGCUGUUGGUUGGUUGUGGUCAACAAUGGUUUCCGUGUUGUUUUUGGAGGAAGAGAAGAUAGAGCUGCAUGGGUGAACAACAGCAUAAUGGUGUAAAAAUGAUAUUCUUUCAAACAGAGUAAAGGUGCUGCCAAUAAACUGGCAAAGAAAAAAGGAAGAAAAGAGCAAUAAAAAUGUUUUGAUGAAGACAGCAGUGAAGGCCCUGCUUCUUCAGCUUCCUGUCAGACACAGUAAACAUGAAUGUGGAUCGAGGAUGUAACUUCCUCAUUAGAUUACAAGGAUUUUACUCACCAAGCAUAUUUACAUGAAUGUUUAAUUUCUAUGCCCGUUUGAACAUUUUCUAGACAGACUAUUAAAACCCAAGUAGUAAAGCCAGCCUUAAGGUAUUUUUUUUGCAGUUCAUUGCCUAUACAACACAUAAUAUAUAGCUACAAUAUCUUAGACAUUUAUAAUAUAUUUUCCCAUUCAUAGGAAAAUCAAUUCCAUUUGUUUUAUUAUAGCUGUAUAUUUUUUAUACUUUGUUCUUUAACUUUUCUUUUUUAUGAAAUUAAUUCAAAACCAAUGACAUGCUGGUUCCAUAUGUGAUGCCUGAAAUAUAAAAUAUUGUAAGUAUGAUAUUUAUGGAAUUAAAGCUUUACUUCAAAACCCAUUUAUAAACUUGUCAUGCAUAUUAAUGAAGAAAUGAAAAAGGGUGAAAUGAAAAGACACGCACACAACUUUGAAAUGGUAAACAUUGAUUUGGUGAUACGUACAAGUAAAAAUACAAUUGUACAAAGAAAUGGGGCAGCAGGUAGCCUAGCAGUUAAGAGGUUGGGACAGUAACCGAAAGGUUGCUGGGUCGAAUCCCUGAGCUGACUAGAUAAAAAAAAAUCUGUUGAUGUGCACUUGAGCAAGGCACUUAACCCUAAUUGCUCCUGUAAGACGCUCUGGAUAAGAGCGUCUGUAAGUCACCAAAAAGUUACAGAAAUGGCAAACGUCUGACAGGUGACGGCACCACAGUUGCCCUGUUGUAACCUACAUCCAAUGGCAAAUAGUGACAAAAUGGGACAAAAAGUGCAACACAUGCUGCAUAAUGUCAAGUACUUUUUUUAUGUAAGGCAUCCAUAGUUAUGGGAAUCAAUUGAAUAAAUAUUUUGUUACAAAAUAUCAAGGCACGGCUUUCGAUUUAUCCAUUUGGCUCAGAACGGAGAUCUUAUCACAGUUUUUUUUAAUAGAG